GAUAGCUAGCAUGGCAAGUACUCUAGUUGGCUCUAAUGCACUUAUUCUGGAAGUUCUUGACCGUAGUAACUAUAAACAUUGGAGAUCACGAUUGAAAACUUAUUUGUUGGUUGAAAAUCUCUGGGAGGCUGUCGAAGCAAUCGUGGAACCUCCAAAAAUUGAAGAUGAUCAAACUAAUUAUGAGGCCUGGACCAAAAAGAAUGUCAAGGCUUUGUAUGCAAUUCAAAAUUCAUGCGGGAGAGAACUGUUCUCUUUUAUAAGUGAAAUUGAGACGGCCAAAAAUGCCUGGGAGGCUUUGGAACAAGAGUGCAAAGUUGUACAAGGAUAUGAUGAGAACAAUGCCAACCACUUGAUGUGCUAUAAAUCGUUCAUUGAGUCUGUAAGCAGUGGUGAUUGGGAUAAGGCAAAGAAGUGUCUUGGAGAAGUUGAUAUCCGCAGUGUAGUAGUAGUAAAAGCAGUAGACACAUAUGGAUAUAUAGCUCUUCAUGUAGCAGCCUGGGAAGGGCACAUGCAUGUACUGAAAGAGUUGGUGCCUUUCAUGACACAAGUAGAUUUGAAAACAAAAAACGAUUUUGGUCACACAGCUCUUCAUCUAGCAGCAGAGAAGGGGCAUGUACAUAUUGUGAAAGAGUUGCCCGUGCCGUUGAUGGGAGAAGUAAAAGACAAUGAUGGUGACACAGCUCUUCAUAUAGCAGUCCAGGAAGGGCAGGCCGAUGUUGUGAAAGAGUUGGUGUUGUUGAUGAGACAAGAAGACUUGAAAAUAAAAAACGAUGCUGGUUACACAGCUCUUCACCUAGCAGUCAAUAAGCGGAAUGUGCCCAUGGUCAAAGAGUUCGUUACAAAAGAAAAAGGUGAGAAUAAUAUUGACAAUGACGACUUUGAGCGUUAUAUCCCGUUUACCACUUAUGUGGAAAAUGGUGAUUGGGAUAAGGCAAAUGAGUGUCUUAGAGAACUAGAUAAUCCAUGUGGUGCAGUAACAGCAGUAGAUCCAAGAGACGACUAUCGAGAUACUGCUCUUCACAUAGUAGCCCGAAAAGGGCAUUUGGAUGUUAUCAAAGGAUUGGUGUUGUUGCUGAAAAUGAGACAAGAAGAUUUGGAAUUGAAAACCGCUGAAGAUUUCACAGCUUUUGGUUCUGGUAUAACUUUAGGGGGCAGUGAAGAAUUCCUCAUGAAAAGGGCCAAAUACAUGGUUGACCAGUACGAGAAAACACUUGGCAGCCUUUUGGAGAUACAAAACGCUGAAGGGUCCACAGCUCUUCACCUAGCAGUACUGCAGGGGCAUGGGGAUGUUGUGAAGGAGUUGGUGCCAGUAAUGAGAAAAGAAGGUUUAGAAAUAAAAGACGCUGAUGGAGACACAGCUCUUAACAUUGCAAUCUUACAAGGGCAUGUGGAUAUUGCGAAGGAGUUGGUGCAAUCGAUGAGACCAGAAGGUUUGGAAAUAAAAAACAAAGAGGGUUCCGAUGCUCUUCACCGAGCAGCAUUGAAGGGAUAUGUAGAUAUUGUGAAAGAGUUGGUGCCAGUAAUGAGAAAAGAAGGUUUAGAAAUAAAAGACGCUGAUGGAGACACAGCUCUUAACAUUGCAAUCUUACAAGGGCAUGUGGAUAUUGCGAAGGAGUUGGUGCAAUCGAUGAGACAAGAAGGUUUGGAAAUAAAAAACAAAGAGGGUUCCGAUGCUCUUCACCGAGCAGCAUUGAAGGGAUAUGUAGAUAUUGUGAAAGAGUUGGUGCCAGUAAUGAGAAAAGAAGGUUUAGAAAUAAAAGACGCUGAUGGAGACACAGCUCUUAACAUUGCAAUCUUACAAGGGCAUGUGGAUAUUGCGAAGGAGUUGGUGCAGUCGAUGAGACCAGAGGCUUUGGAAGAAAAAGCCGGUCAAGGUUAUACAGCUUUAAGUCGGGCUAUUGCAUGUUUCAAGGAUGGAGACGUUUGCGAAAUGGCUAAAUACAUGGCUGAAAAGAAUGUUAAAGUACUUGGCAUACCCUCGGCUCCCAUUGAUGAGAUUCCAGUUGUCACAGCUUGUCGUUUUAGUAAAUGGAAAUCGGCUCGCUAUAUGUAUUCUGUCACUCCACUUGAAGUGCUCGAGGGACCCAAUGGCAGUGAUCUUAUUUGCUAUUGUCUCAGUUCUAGCAACAGGAUUGGUAAGACUACUUCCACUUUUUAUGAGUAAGACUUGAAUGAAUAGAAUUUUAACCAUCUGGAAAGACUAGUUGCUUAAUAUAUGAUUGACUUUUUCACUCGCUUACACAUGUUUAAAUUAUUUCUUAUUCUGUAUAUCUGCAAAUUCAUUUUAAACUAAUUGUUAAAAUAUUUUUUUUGCUUCCAAUUCAAAGUUGGCAAAAUAUAAAAUGCAAUUAAAUAAUAAAUAAAAAAAUCUGCAAGUGCACUCAUUCACCUUUGUUUAUUCAUGUUUUUUUUUUAAUUUAUCAUAUUAUAAUAAAAAGAACUCACUUUGUCAGUUGAAUUACUACACAUU